UUAAGCUAUUCACCUUUGACCCCGACUGACACUUGCUACCGACUUUCUUGUCUAUGUCAAGCAGAAUUUUAUUAUUUUGGACGUUUUAAUCAUAAUUGAGCAGAAAUUAUGUUAUCGAGAGGGCUAUUCAGAGUCCCCGUGUCGCUUGGAGUUCGCCCAGGGCUCGCUAGGUCCAUCGGAACGCACGCUAGACCCUUCAAGACGUUGGAAGGUGCAGUGGACACCUCGAGUAAAACCUUCCAAGAAAACUUGAAGACGAGCGAGAAGUUGGAGGAGAAGUACACCGUCCUUCUUCAGCAGGUCUUGGCUGGAGGUGGUCCGAAGGCGAUCGACAGGCACGUCAAGAAGAACAAGAAGCUGUUGGUUCGCGACAGGCUGCGACUAUUACUGGAUGAAGGUUGUGAGUUUCUAGAGCUGUCCCCUCUGGCUGGGAUGGGGAUGGAGUAUGGAGAUAUCCCAGCAGCAGGCAUGGUCACUGGGAUUGGUGUAGUGAGCGGCGUACGCUGUCUGGUGACGGGCCACGAUGCCACGGUGAAGGGCGGAACGUCCUACCCCAUCCAGGUGAAGAAAGGACUGAGGGUACAGGAGAUCGCUCAGGAGAACCACCUGCCAUGUAUCUACCUGGUGGACAGUGGAGGGGCUUUUCUACCUUUACAGUCAGACAUAUUCCCUGACAAGAACCACGGUGGAAGGAUGUUCUACAACGAGGCCAUCUUGUCGUCCCUGGGUAUCCCGCAGGUGUCUGUCGUGGUGGGGUCCUGUACAGCAGGCGGUGCGUACAUCCCCACCAUGACUGACGAGGCUGUUAUCGUCCGCAGAAUGGGCACCAUUUUCCUGGGAGGACCCCCGCUGGUCCAGGCUGCUCUGGGGGAAGUAGUCAGUGCAGAGGAGCUGGGAGGGGCCAUGAUGCAUAGCAGUAUAAGUGGCUGCACAGAUCACUAUGCAGAAACAGAGCUGGAAGCCUUUGAGAUGGUGCGGGAUAUCGUGGCAGGUUUGAACCGACCAAUGGCUGAGUACCUCCACAGCCAUGACGGGGUACCCAUGGAGGAUUCACUGCGCCCGCUCUCAGAGCAGCACCACAAUUAUGAGCACCCCCUGUAUCCAACAGAGGAACUGCAGGGACUGUUACCAGGAACAGAAAACUUUGAUAUUUACAAGGUUAUAGCUAGACUAACUGAUGGAAGUAGAUUCCAUGAAUUCAAACACAAGUAUGGAACAUCGCUUGUUACUGGAUUUGCAUUUAUCCAGGGUCAUCUGGCUGGGAUUGUGGCCAAUAAUGGACCACUUUGUGAACGAGGGGCAUUAAAAGGAGCUCACUUUACCCAGUUGUGUGCCCAGAGAGCCGUACCAAUGAUCUUCCUGCAAAACACGUCAUGUGACCAGCCAACAGCCAAUAACGUAACAGAAGCUGCCUCCCUCAGUAAUAGACUAAAGGCUCAUGGGAAGAUGGCGUCAGCUGUGGCCAGUUCUUUGGUGCCCAAAAUCACUCUGAUCCUUGGAAAUGGUGUCGGACCAGAAACAAUACCAAUGUGUGGACGGUCAUUUUCUCCAAGGUUCCUGUUUGUGUGGCCCAAUGCAAAGGUGGGAGUGACAGAUGUACAGGAGGCAGUACAGGCAGCUGUGAAGGCAAAGUUUGGUGAUGUGGAAAGUGAGGAGAGAGAAAAAUUCCAAUCAAAGAUGGCAGCAAGGUUAUCCCAGCAGACCAGUGCCUUCUACUCCAGCAGCAGAGUGUGGGAUGAUGGGAUAGUUCUGCCUCAGGACUCAAGGAGGAUACUGGGACAGUGCCUGAGAAUAGUCCACAGCACACUGGAUACAGCAGAUGCAACAGAAAGGCGCAAAUUUGGGGUCUUCAGGAUGUAAAUAGUAAAUG